AUGACUGACGAAAAAUUACCGCCUAUGAUGGCCACAGACGAUCCAGUUGAUGACGAGGACGACGAUAUUUUCAGUUCAACAAUAGACGAUCUUAGCAGUCUGCGAAACGAAGAGCUUUUUGCAUCGUUAGCGGCAGUUCCUCCGCCAUUGACCAACAUUAGUUUGAAUGAGGGAUCAUCCACACUGCUUGAAUCAGAUGUACCGCUAAACAAUGAUCACAAAGAGGUGCAACAGAUGACUAGUAAAAAUGUGAUUUCUAAUGGAUUUGAAGCAGAAAUCAAUUUAAAAGAAAACGAUACUCCUUCAGCUUCUGAAGAAAUUAAUCAAGUGGAAGAAAUCCCAAAUGUGUCUACUAAUGAUAUGAACUUUGAAAAUAUUGAAAACGGUUUUAUAAAAAUAUCUAUUUCUGAGACUACUAAGGUUGGAGAAGGCAUGAGCUCCUACGUUGCAUAUAGAAUUGUUACCCGUACAAAUAUGACUAUGUUUAAAACAAAUAAUAUGGCAGUACUUAGAAGGUUCAGUGACUUCUUAGGACUACAUAAUAAGCUAACUGAAAAAUAUUUAAGAAAUGGGCGUCUCAUACCCCCUGCUCCUCAAAAAAAUAUGUUAGGUUCGACAAGAAUUAAAAUAUCUGGAAACCAAUCUGAUCAAGCAACGUCAGCAGAAUUCAUAGAAAAAAGACGUUUAGCCUUAGAAAGAUUUUUAAAGAGGAUUGCUCUACAUCCAAUUCUUCGUAAUGAUAAAAGCUUUUGUGAUUUUCUAGAACAAGAUUGUGAACUUCCAAAGGCUACUAGUACAUCUGCAUUAAGUGGGGCUGGUGUCAUGAGACUUUUCAAUAAAGUUGGAGAAACUGUUAACAAAAUCACUUAUAAAAUGGAUGAAAACGAACCAUGGUUUGAAGAAAAAGAAGUACAAAUAGAAAAUUUGGAUUUGCAACUUCGGAAUUUACAUGGAGCUGUUGAAACAUUAGUGAUCAACCGUAAGGAAUUAGCACAUUCAAGUGGAUCUUUUGCAAAAUCUGCAGCAGUAUUGAGUAACUGUGAAGAACAUACUGGAUUGUCACGUGCAUUAUCACAACUUGCCGAUGUAUUUGAAAAGGUUGAAUCUGUAAGAACUGAACAAGCCAAUACAGAUUUCUCUAUUUUUUGUGAACUGUUAAAGGAUUACAUUGGCCUUAUUGGAGCUGUAAAAAAUGUAUUUCAUGAACGAGUUAAAGUCUAUCAAAACAUGCAACAUGCACAAAUGAUUUUAACAAAAAAGCGGGAACAAAAAACCAAGCUAGAACUUACUGGACGUUUAGACAAAGUAGGCUUUGUUACAAAUGAAGUAUCCGAGUGGGAAGCAAAACUAUCCAGGUGUCAAGAUGAAUUUGAUCAAAUUUCUAAAACUAUUAAAGUGGAAUUUGAACAGUUUGAGAUAAACCGAAUCAAAGAGUUUAAGACAGUUAUAUCGUCAUAUCUUGAAGAAAUGAUAAACCAUCAAACUCUGAUUAUUAAACAUUGGCAAGCUUUUAUUCCUGAAGCUAAAGCCAUAGCCUGA